AUGGCACGUUAUCUACGUCGUGCUAUGUGUACCUAUGACUACAGCAAAUUUCGAAGCGUAGAUCUAGCUUAUUCCGUUUAUGAAAAUUUCCGCAGAAAAGAGGCCGUUGUAGCACCUGCGAUCAUUAUAUUACACGCUUUAUUUAGCAAUAGAUUAACUUGGAACCAUGUUGCUAGAGCACUAUCAAAAGCUACUAAACGCAAGGUUAUUACUCUCGAUGCUCGAAAUCAUGGAGAUAGUCCCCACGUAGACGAUAUGUCACAAUUUUCCAUGGUAGAUGAUAUUAAGUGCAUUGUACAUAAGCUACAGUUGCGGCCACCGGUCGUUAUUUUAGGUCAUAGUGUCGGAGGCCGGACUGGCAUGACAAUGGCACUAAACGGUGGAUUGGCAUGGGUUAAGAGUUUAAUAGUUGUCGAUGAAAGCCCUUCUAUGAAUCCAAUUUUACUGGAAGAAAGCCCUACACAACUUUAUAUUGAUACAUUAAAAAAUGUCAAUCCGAAUCGAUUUAACAGUUUACAAGAAAUAGAUCAUGCAUUAGCAGAUACAAUAAAGAGCAAAGGGAGCCGUCAUUUUCUGUUGCAAAAUAUUUACGAAAAGCAUGGAAAGUUUAAUUGGAAGUUCAAUAUCGAAUCGAUUGCAAAUAAUUUAUCGAACAUUCGUGACGUCCCUCGGCGCAAAGGAGAGCAGUACUCUGGAAAUACGUUAUUCAUAGGCGGAAGCAAUUCCAAUCAUAUCAGGGUAGAAAACUACGCAGAAAUUGGAGAACUAUUUCCUAAUGCUCUCAUUCACCAUGUAGAAGGGACUGGUCACUGGAUUCACGCUCAAAACCCUACCGAAUUUAUUAACAUUACAUCAAAUUUUCUUAUUGAAGACGAACGUUAA